GGAUCGCACCAUAAGUUAAAUUCCAUUGUUCUGAGAAGGUUCCGUUGAAAUUGAUAAAGUCGCCGUUUGACUGUGCAGUGUGAGUUUCACAUCAGUGCUAAUAGGACGUGUGCAAUGUGGAAGGUCGUGGCGUUAGCUAGCUUAGUCGCUGCUGUACCAACGAACCCAAAUAUAGACUUUACACCUAUAAAUCAAUUCGCGUUAAAACUCCUAGACAAUGUCUAUGCCUUUCAAGAAAGUUUCGGUCAAUAUAACGUCGCGAUAUCACCACUAUCAGUAUGGAAUAUCUUCUCGUUGUUAGCUGAAGGAGCUUCUGGUGAAACCUUUUUGGAGCUGAUGAAAGAACUCCGCCUGCCAAACGAUUUGCGAUCAACGCAAAAUCUACACGCAGCUGUAGUUAAUCUACUCAAGAGCAAUGAUAGAGACGUUACUCUCAAAGGACAGUCGGCUAUGUUUGCCGACUUUAAUUAUAAAAUACAUAAAGAAUUCUGUGAUUCAGCCAAUUAUUAUGGCAAUGAAGUGUAUUUCGUGGAUGCUUCCAAUACAACGAGGCUUGCGGGUGACAUUAACUAUUAUGUCUGUGUGGCGACUGAAGGAAAAAUAAGGGAAGCGGUGCAGCCGAAACAUCUUGAGGAUUUGAGGAUGAUACUAGUGGAUGCGCUGUACUUCAAAGCGAGUUGGACAUAUCCAUUCGACCCUACGCAGACCAAAGAAGAAGCAUUCUACAAUUCUCAAGGUAAAACCAUAGGAUCUGUGAACAUGAUGUACCACAAAGCCCCUCACAACAUGGGCGAUGCAAAUUCAAUCGGCGCUCAAAUAUUAGAGAUGACAUAUGGAAAUAAUGAACAGUUCGCGAUGAUGAUUCUGCUACCAUUCGACGGAAUGCCGUUAAAAACACUGCUGAGUAACUUGGCCAAUCAGCCGCUGGGUUGGAUGACGGAAUUCAGGAGCGGAGGUAAUUUACCAGAAAUCGACUGCUAUAUCCCACGUUUCACGAUAUCCGCGCAGACGGAUUUGAUACCCCCUCUACAGUACAGCGGGAUUCAGAGGAUAUUUGACCCAGACAAGGCUGAACUGCCAGGAGUAUCAGAUAGCCCGUUAUACGUUUCAAAAACGAUACAAAACGUCGAGAUAGAAGUAAAUGAGGAAGGAACGGUAGCAGCUGCGUCGACUGUAGUGGGCUUAGAGGACAGAAUAUUAGGACAGCGGUUUGAAGCGAACAAAGAAUUCGUUUUCCUCGUGUUGGAUAGGUUCUCGGGCCUUAUUCUGUUUUCGGGCGUUUACGCGCAACCACAAGUUGUAUAAUAUGUAUAAACACGACUGAUAUUAUAUAUGUGAUAAUAUUUAA